CCAACUCCCCAACUCCUCCUUCUCCUUCUCCUGCCUCUCGCUCUCUCUCCCGCCUCGAAAGAAAUUUCGAUUCUCCCGUUCACUGGGUUGCCGGUUUCGAACGCUCCUUUCCUUUCCGUUCCCGGUUCCUUAAGAUUUUCCUUGUCUGCGUUUUGGAGCAUCCUGGUGAUGCCGUCGGCGGUCCACCAUUGAUUCCCCUGUCCGUUGUUUGCAUCGCUACAGCCAAUUUCACGACUUGAAAAGACCCCCCCCCCUGCUUUCUUUUCAGACCCCGUUGAUCGCCCACCGUCCUCUCCGAUCGACACCCUCGAACCCCUCCCCCCUUUCUAGCUAUCUCCGCCCUGCAACAUGCCGUCCAUCCCACCUCCCCUGACUUUAUCUCACCGCCAUACCCGGAGUCAGUCCUCCAACAUCGACUUCGACCCCAGUUCCCCCAGUGCCUACGCCCCCAACGGCUACUCGUACAGAUCGCCUCGGUCGCCUCACACGCCUCGUUCUUCCGCCCCCCCUUCGCCCAUGGACGCCCGCCCACACCUCACCCAAACCUUCAAUGGCUCCCAUCGGAUGUCGGGUGACUUUGGCGGUGCCUCCGCCGAAGGCGGUGGGCUAGGCAAUCUGGCAGACGAGCUCGCCGAUGCAUGGGAGGAGGAAGAGGGAGGCUACGGAUACGCGUCGGGCCAGGAUACCGGUGUCCCCGAGGCACAGUAUGUGGACCGCAGUGACGAUGAAGAUGCAUACCACCGCAUGGACACGGGCAUCCGCUCACCCUCGUCGGCCUAUUCCCCGGAGCAUUCCUCGCUGCAUCCGCCGAAGCCCAAGACCCGUAAUGGUGCCCAUCGGCACCGGCGGCACGAGUCGCAAUAUGACGGCUCCGAUUACGGCAACGACUCGGAUUUCGAGGAAGCCGACAUGCCGCCCAGCCUGGAGAUGCAGAUGGCGGAGAUCGAGAGUCUCGCCCGUCGCGGACUCGAGAACAAUGGCAGUGAGAACGACUUUGUCAUCCAGCGUGCCGUGGAAGCGCUCCGGGAUCUGGGAGGUCAGAGUGGGAUUGAAAACAACGCUAUGAGGUAUGUGCUGUGCGGUGCGGUCCGGUGUUGACCUGUGGCCCUGCAUGGAUGGAUCGCUGAUACUCGACUCUCUCACUCUAGACUCAUCACGGCACACUCGUCCAUCACUUCGCAUCUUACCCAUCAGACGCGGGCGCUCCAGACGCUCACCCACCCUCUCCUUUUCUCGCCCUUCCCGCUCCUUUCA